CAUUUUUUGGGACAAAUACCGCAACCAAUACACAGUGUCUCGGAAAUGAACGCGAUCUUUGACGUGGGCUCGACUUCGAUACAGAAUUUACCUACAAUAUCCAAUCACUCGUUAAUCUGCGACUCUUACCAUUCUUGCCGACAUUUCUUGGGUUUGCACUUGUCGGCAUUGAUAAUGGCAAUACGAGUCAAUUUGUCGCUCAUCGUUAAUGGCGAAUCAGGUUGA